AUGGCUCCACCACCAGUGAGUCGGUACCUGCGGCCACCGAUUGACGGCACUGUCAAUAUUUUACAGGUCAAAAUUGAGCCCAAGCUCGGCAGCAUGCCAUACGAAAUCCUCCACAAGAUCGUCGACCUCGCACUUCCUGAGGCCUCCUCCCACAGCAGCGGAGUUCACUACAACAUGGCAACCUGUGGUUCAAAAUGUCGCCACAUCGAGUUCAUUUGGGACGACUACAAGGAUGUCAGUCUUCUCUUCGUUGCGAGGAACGUCCGCCAGAUCACACGAGAUAUCCUGCUCGAACGGGCCACAUCCAUCUUCCAAGAACGCGUGAUGAAUGCCAGCUUCGAGGAUGAGGUGUUACUCUUCAAGAUACAGAUUGAGAUUGGUGUCUUCGACGUGGGAGCGUGGGUUGCGGUCGGACCGAACCAGUACUGGGAUGUGGACCGGAUGCUUGAGCGCUGGGAUGAAGGUAGCCGUACAGAGUCGGUCGAAUGA